AUGGUAAUGAACAGAUGGAAGGACGGUGAUUAUGGAAGGAGCUCAAGAGGAGCAGAGGAAAAACGAUGGAUAUGUCCACCCUCCUCCGAAUUGGCUCGGAAGAUCUGGCCGAUGCAAGGUAAAUGGAACAUUCGUACAAUCCUGAUGGAAAUGACUAUCUUCUCCAUCAUUUUGCACACGCAACAUGAACAAGUCAACAAAAUGGAGUGCUCCGGAGUUUACAGCAUAAACUGCAAGGACUGCAAUCAAAACUACACUGAAGAGAUGGAAAGGACAUUCAGCACAAGGAUCAACGAACACCAGAGACGAUGCGGAAAAAUGGAUACAGAAGGAUCGGAAAUAGCUGACCAGAUCCCCUUUACUGGUCACACAACUGACCCGAGUGUUACGGAAAGACGAGUCUCAUAUGAGGAAUACACCAGGAAACGGAAGAUCAUAGAGGCUGUGGACAUCUUCUUUCAAAGAAACCUGAUGAAUAGGAGAUUGGAAGUGAGAAGUGUCAGCGAUAAUUUCGCGUACUGCCUGAGCAGACUUGAGGAUUCAGCGAAGACAUCAAAAGGAAGACACUUGGACCCAGGACACCUGUUCAACAACAGGAAGAGACAUCAUCAAGGAGCGGAUCAUAAGGGACAAAGGGAAUUCAACAAAAGGUGA